GUUGUCAUCAUGCCAUCCUCCUCCCCUCAGGAGUCCUCCCUCCUUGCCAGUCCCAAUGCCACAACCCCAGCCAACAGCAGCAUGGAAGAAAACCAGUUCUUCCAUGCUUUCUCACUCUUGGACAAGAAACUACAUGACGGCUUUCCCAGCCUGUGGGUGGCCCUGCUGGCUGUCAAUGGGACCAUCUUCCUAGUCGGUGUGACACUCAAUGGCCUGGCCCUCUAUGUCUUCUGCUUCCGCACGAGGACUAAGACCACCUCCAUCAUCUAUACCAUCAACCUAGUGGUGACGGACCUAUUGGUGGGCCUGUCCCUGCCCACGAGGUUCAUUAUCUACUACGUGGCUCAAGACUGCCUCAACUGCUCUCUCGUGCAUGUCUUCAGCUACUUUGUCAACAUGUACUGCUCCAUCCUCUUUCUCACCUGCAUUUGUGUGGACCGUUACCUAGCCAUUGUCCAGCUGGAGGCCUCGAGGAAAUGGAGGAACCCCAGCUGUACCAAAGGCAUCUGUGUCUUCAUCUGGGUCUUUGCUGUGGUUGUGACCUUCUCCGUCCUUUCUGUAGCAGUCCAGGGAGGUUCCUGCUGCCGCCUCUUUGCCUUGACAGUCUUUGAAUACCUCCUGCCUCUGGUGGUCAUCACCUUUUUCACAGGGAGGAUCAUGUGCGCGCUGUCCAAGCCCAAUCUCAUGCAUCAGAGCCGCGAGCGACGCAUGCGUGCCGUACAGUUACUCCUUACUGUCCUCGUCAUCUUUCUGGUAUGCUUCACACCAUUCCAUGCCCACCAGUUGGCCGUCUCUCUCCAUCCCCAAGCUAUAUCCAAAGAAGCUGAUCUCGUGGCCUACCACGUCACCAUCACCCUCAGCAGCCUCAAUAGCUGCAUGGAUCCCAUUGUCUACUGCUUUGUGACCAACAGCUUCCAGGCCACUGUCCGGGGUCUCUUUCGCAGGCGUGAGCCAGAGCAGACCAGCGGGGAGGUCAUCAGCAUGCACAAGAGCUCUAAGGGCUCCAUCCACAAUGCCAUCAUCCCCUGCUCCAGAGCUCUGGUCGAUGGGCCCCAGGUGUAG